UGCUGCGGUAAACAGUUGGAGCCUUUUGAUCAAGCUUGAGUCGAGAAAUCAUUGCCCUUCCCUCUAUUCAACUCUGUCGCAAUCCAAAACAAUCUAGUUAUUGCCCAUCGUCUCACGUUUAAAGACAACUCAGAACCCGGGCUUUCUCUCUAUUCACUUUCAUCCCUUCCCGCGUACGCCACAGCCAAACGUCUUUUUGUCUCCCUCAAUCCCGUCGCCCCUGCAUUCGUCCACCUUCACCUCUUUCCACUUGCGGAAUUGUUGUCUGUACAUAAACAAUUCGUUACCGCUCCCUAGCAACCUAUAAUCGCAUCUACUCUUCUGCUGCUUUCUUGGUUGUUGGCAUCUCUUCAUACUCAGUUUAGUUGAGGAAACUACAUCGGCAUCAACAUCUCACAAUGGAUUACAACAUGGAGGAUAGCCAGAACUCAGCUCCCGGCAGUGUCCAGGCCGCCAAGCUCAACUCUGGUCACAAGGGCCCUGACUCUCAGAGUACCACCAAGAGGCUGCAGACCGAGCUGAUGCAACUCAUGACGUCGCCUGCUCCCGGCGUCUCUGCCUUUCCCGGUGCGGAUGGAAACCUCCUCGCUUGGACUGCCACCAUCGAGGGUCCCGACGAUACUCCCUACGCUGGCUUGACCUUCAAGCUCAGCUUUGCAUUCCCCUCAAACUACCCUUAUGCCGCUCCUACGGUGCUCUUCAAGACACCCAUCUACCAUCCUAAUGUCGACUUCUCCGGCCGCAUCUGCUUGGACAUUCUCAAGGACAAGUGGACCGCUGCUUACAACAUUCAAACUGUUCUGCUGAGCCUUCAAAGCUUGCUUGGCGAGCCCAACAAUGCUUCACCCCUCAACGGUGAGGCUGCCGAGCUUUGGGACAAGGAUACCGAGGAGUUCCAGAAGAAGGUUCUGGCACGCCACAGGGAUGUUGAGGACGAGUAAUUAGGCUUUGCUAGGGAGGGUUUGGUGCUUUGAUAAUUGUAUAAAGGAACAGGAGUACCAGGUGUACGGAAUUUGGUUUGACUUGUUAGGUUACAGGAUUGCAUGGCAUUUCCAUAGCUGGUUUAACAGCGAAGGGAGGGGACUUUGAUAGGGUCAGAAACAUGUACACCAUUGUCGAUAGCAGACCCUCUAAUCGACGAUUCAUAAGAUUCGCAUCACCACGUCAGAACGUAAAUGAUUAUUUUCGCCCUCAUGAAAAACCUUGUCCAUAGACCACUUCACGCCGAG